GGUAUGACGUGGUACCUAGUAUGCUGAAUGCUUUAUUAUCACUCACCUAGCAGAUUGAUUGGCAGCUGUAUUUGAAGUCGAGGCGAAAUUUCGGACGAAUCCAAUUAUAAAGCGCUGAUCGCCAAGCAAACAAUGAAGCAUCAACAGGUGGUUCCGGAUUAUUCCGCGAUGGUGCAAACCUCUGGCACGGUGCUGUGUCUGGUGUUUUCCGGUUGGGUGCUUUUCAGAUUGGUGCAAGCGGUCUUCUGGCUUCCGGGCUACUUGGAGCAGUCACAGGGAAAACUGUACGAACAGAUAGAGAGAAAGGAUGCGGCGCAAAAACCUUCCACCAAGAAGGCCAAGGCCAAGGACUCUGACGCCGAGGAAGAAAACGACGAUGGUGAAGCUUUGGUGGAGACAAGCGAAGAAAAAGGCAACGACGAUGCCAAUGAGCGGGAGAAAACGGGCAACAAAAAAGAAAACUAGAGUUUUCCUGAUUGGUCAUAUUACUCGUUUUAUUUACACAAGGAAGUGUUGGUUUUGCUAUAAUACCUAUUCGAUACACAAAACAGUACACGCUAGGAUAGUCAGACCUACUAGAUUCCACUUGUAUCUCUCGCUAUAUCUAAAUGUCUUUGUUGGAUUUGCAUCUAACUCUAAAUUUGCAUCACAAAUUAUAAUAAACUAUUCUUAAAACUGAUUCCUACAAUUACAAAA